AUAAUGUUUUUGAGUGAAAAUGAGAUGGAGCGACCAUUUUGUUAUAACAUCAUCAUUUAUCCAACUCAUUUUGUUAAAUAAAUGAUUUUUUGGGAUUAAUUUGCUUACGCCCCUUAGUUGAAUGACCAUUUUUGUAUUUAAUCCCAUAAACCCCUAAUCCGCCGUUCAGGGAUUCCGAAUCAGCAUAAGCCGAGGCGUGCCGCUCGUCUAUCUCGCCCUCAGCCUCGCCACUUCAGUCUUCUCCCCCGCAGUUCGACACGCUCCUCCGUCGCCUGCAAUAGUUGUAGCCGUCGUUCAUCGUAACCCUGAGUUCAAGGUAAAUUGGAUUCCAGAUUCCCCUAUCUCCCUUCGAUGGGGUUUGAUUUUUGGUUUUCCCUUGCUUUGAAUGAUUCCAGAGUCGGCGGGCAUUCAUAUGGUGUGAUGUUUUUCUGCACCGAUAUUGUGAAUUGGUGAUUCUAUGAUUUGAUCAUGUUGUAUCUAGUUAAUAGUUCUGCAGCUCUUAUAUGGUGAAGUUCAUUGUGUAGUGCGUGGGGGGGUUGCAAAAUGAAUUUGCUUACUUAUCUGAUUUCAGCUUUCAAGAAAGUUUGGAGACCCAUUUCUGCUAUUAUAAUGAUAAAAAAGUUUAUCCCUUUUACCCCAUUGGUUAGAUUAUGGAGCCUGUAUUUGAUCUAGACAGAGCUUUUAGAUGAGUUGAGAUUUGUAUCUGGUUUUUAAUCGCUUUAUCUGUUCUGCUUUGAGCUGUGCUAGUAGUGAGUGAGUGUACGAUGAUUAGCGAAAAGACAGCUGUUUUUUUCCCCCAGACAAGGAUCAAGUACCUUUGGCCAAUUGAGUUAGGAGCUGCUUGGAUUCUGCUCUGUUCACUUGAUAACUCCCAAUUUUUUUUUUCUUUUGGGUUGAACUUGAACCCUCAGCUUUGCUUUUUGUAUUCUCUUAAAGUCAGAGCAUUCAGCCGUGUAUGUUAGUUACCUUUUGAGAGUUUAGCUCUAGGAUAGUAUCAUUAACCGAUUAAAGUCCAUUUGAGGAUUGAAGGAGCUAAACUUGGAUAGUGGAACUAGACUUAUAUUUGGUUUUUGAUGGGGGCAAAUCGUCAUAGUUUUUUGUUUGGCUUUUCUGGAUUCAAUCGGGAAUGAAUGAUACACUUGCCUGCCAUAUCCAGGGUUCGGCAGUGACAGAGGAAGUUUAUCUGUACUUUUUAUUGUAUCUGUAACUGCAUUUGCUCCUUUUUAAUGAUCCUGUUGUCUUCUUUGUUUUUUAGGGGAAGUAAUCUUCGUAGUCAUUGGUUAGUGAAGCAGCAAGAUGAGGAAGUUGAAAUUUCAUGAGAAAAAGCUUCUGAAGAAAGUAAACUUCUUAGAAUGGAAGAGAGAAGGGAACCACAGGGAAGCCCAGGUAAUGCAACGUUACCAUGUUGUUGAGCGUGAUGAUUACAAGAAGUAUUCGGGUUUGUGCCGAAUGGUGCAGAAAUUGGUGAAUAUCUUGAAACAGAUGCAUCCUAAAGACCCAUAUCGCAUUGAAAUGACUGAUAUGCUUCUGGAGAAGCUGUAUAACAUGGGGGUUAUACCAAGCAGGAAAAGCUUAGCCCUUUGUGACCGCUUGUCAGUCUCUUCCUUCUGCAGACGAAGGCUUGCAACUGUAUUGGUGCGUGCAAAGUUUGCUGAACAUUUGAAAGAAGCCGUGACAUAUAUCGAGCAAGGACACGUUCGAGUAGGCCCGGAGACUGUGACUGACCCUGCAUUCUUGGUUACAAGGAACAUGGAGGACUUCAUAACCUGGGUGGACACAUCCAAGAUAAGGAGGAAAGUGCUUCAGUACAACGAUAAAUUGGAUGACUAUGAGGCCAUGAAUUGAUGUUUACCAUGAGAAUAGGUCAAUUUUGCUGGGAUUACUAUAGGAAGUGCUCACUCUGUGUGCCCCCCUGUGCCAAGUCCUGUAACGACCUUAGGGUCCAUAAUUGGUUGUGGUGAAUUCCAAACCUUAGUUGUAAUGGUCAGGGUAAAGAUUGGCAUUGUCGUUCUUGCAAAACAUGUUGGCAGAGUUAUGCGUAUUCUGGAAUUUAGACUGAUGGUGAAAUUGUUGGGGCUCAUGAUGAUCGAUAUACCUGGUUUCUGUUUGGGUUGACAGUACCAACUACCAAGUAACAAAGAAGGAAAACAAAAAGUUUAAUAUUUUUGUAUGACCUGAACUUUGACCAAAAUAAACAUCCUGGUCAAUC